AUGGCGAAGAAGAAACUUUAUGGACUUAAUUUGAUACUGGUUCUUUCUGUUAGUUUUUUCGUGGAAAUUUCUUGCUCGAAAUGUUCAAAAACUUGUACGGAAGGGAAGAUUUGCUGUGUGACAGACUGCCGUGCGGAAAGUAAUUGUUGGUGUUUGACAGACAAAACGUGUCAUAAAGGAGAAAGUUGCCAACAUUCUCGUUGUGUGCCGACUCAGAACUCUAGCGCAACUGUCAAACGUUGUUUUGUCGACGGCGAUUGCCAUGAUAGACGCCAGAACUAUUCUCUGUGUUGCCGAGACAUGAGAUGUUCCACAGCAUGCUUUACAUCAACUUCAACCUUAACUUCACCUUCGGGACCAAAUCGCCGUUUACCUUGCAGAAAUUCAAGGGAAUGCUUGGACGGAGAACACUGCAGUAACGGAAACUGCGAAAGCACCUCAAACGUCAUGUUAACAAAGGCGGGAUUCCUUUCCGCUGCUAUAUUGACCGGAUCAAUUUUCCUUUUAAUACUGUGUUGUUGUUUUGUUCGAGAAAGCAGGUACGCUAGACAAAGAGCCGAUCGACAACGUCGGCGGUCGAGAAGGCGAAGUAAUCGCGGGAGGCGACGGUCCUCUCAUCAUCCGCGCUCUAGAUCUGGAACUACAGAGUUACGUUCCACAGCUAUAGAAAAUAGCGCGUUUAGUUUAGAAGACUGUCACUCUUGCGAAGCAGGGCUGGCUAUACCACCCCCUGAAUAUUCUAGUGAGCGAACUGAGAGCACGGCGAUUCAUGAUUUGGUUGAAGAAUUACCACCGUCACCACCUCCCUACAGCACCCUUUCGUUUGAUCUCCCUCCAACGUACGAAGAGGCACUUCAAACCGACGAGCCAAGAGGCUCCUUGACUGAAGUUGCAUAGGAAGCUUUACAUUGAGGUGACACUCCUGAACAGUUUGUUUGUAGGACAGAUGCAGUCACAUGAAAAGGGGUUUGUGUACAGCUAAGCACAUGAUGGAAAAAUGUGAAUGAGGCAAAACUCACUGCGUUAAUGGGCUACUGUGUCAGGAUUAGCAAUAUAGUAAUCAAGUAUGCCUAGUAACCCAUUUGCGGUCCUUCUCUGAAUGAUGUUUUGUUAAAGAUAAAUGACAAAUUCCGACCAGACUUGGCAAAAUUGUGGACAGAUUUAAAGGUUUAAAGAGGCCACUCAGCAGGCCGUGCACCCCAUUUAAUUUCCAGGGGUCUUCAUUUUUUCUCUUCUGUAACCAACGCUUGAGUCAUUUAAGCAAAUAUUUAGGUGUUUUUUCAGUAUGAAAAAAGGCUGAGCUGAGACAUCACUGAUUGGACCCUUUCUUUGUAAAUUUUCUAGAUCCACUCUUUAAAUGAAGGUUAAUCAGCCCAACAAUUACAGGGUAGAGUGUAGCACCUUAUUUUUCUAUAGUUGUUUUGGAACAGGAUCACCUGAUAAGUUACUUUUUACUAAAAUAGCAAUUAUCUGCAUUAGGAGGCAGACCCAUGCCCUCUUUGCUAACAACUGGGGUGGAAGACACUUAAUCAGCAAUUCAUUGGAAAUAUUAUCCAAAUCUGACUAUUCAUUAGAGUACAUAAUCUUUUCAAAAGAAGGUUAUAUUCCAACAGUCUCCUUGAUACUCUACCACUUCUUUUUGUGGUGUUAAAGUUUCCAUCCUACACUCCAAAUUAUUUACAAAAAUGAUUGGGUGAUUCAGCAGCUCACAAAGUGUAUUCUUGAGUACUUCUGUUUGAAUAGUCAGACAGCAGUGUAUAAAAUGACACCAGAAAAUAAGUUCUAGCAAAGGUCUGUGAAGUAUUUGUGUUUGGAUCGUUGGACAGGGGUGUUUCUAGGAAAUACAGCAAGCAUUCAGCUUUAACCCUUUACGGCCUAACAUCAGUAUGCAGAUUCUCCAUACUGUUCUCCAUACAUUUCCUAAGGUACUGACAAAGAGAAUUUGUUUAACAAUCACAAGCUUGUUAAUUUGGUGAUUAUUUUCUUCUCUCAUGACCCUAAUGAGUGAUUCAGGGGUGAUAUUGUAAGGAAAAAAUAGAUGCUGGUCACUCUUAAGGGUCAAAGGUUUGAAAAAGGUGUGUUCACUCUUCAUCUCCAGCACCAGUUAUCAGCACUUUCCUUCCACAUGCCAUAUCAGGACAAAUGUCAUCAAACAGGUUACAAGAGAUAACAGAUGUGUUGACUGGUAUCUUGAUAUAAAGCCAAAUUCUCCCAAGCAUUUUGCAUGAAAUCGUAUAGUGCCUGGAGGGGACAUACUAAUAAUAGAUAUGGGGUUACUGGUGAAGGGUUAGGGAGUUCUGUUACAUAGCAGAAGUGUACACAGUCACUCGACACCUUGAAACAUUAGGAUCAAUGCUGCACACAGCAGGCAUGUUUAAGUGGUGGUGUUAUGUUUCUCUAAUUAACAAAUGAUGACUUACAGAAACAUUGAAAAUUAUACAAAAUACUUUUUUUACUUAAAUAUAUUUUCUGUUAAAAAAACAAAACAAAAAAAAAACAAAGAACCUCUCACCAUGUGAUCAUUCUGCCACACAUUUGCACUCCACUCAUUGACUGAACACCUGGCACGGGCUACUGGGUCAUUACAUAAUCUCUCUCAGAUAUGAGGAACCAUUGUACCCUAAACUGUUAAUUUUUCAUAAAUUUAAAUAAUAUUAUAAGCAUAAAAUACAUUUAUGGUACAAAAAAUUUAAGGAUGCAAUAAGAAAAGAUAGCAACUUUAAAUUAUACAUUUCUUAAUGAUAAUAAAUUGAUUUACUUUGCUGUCAGCUGCUGCUGAGAACAUGUAAAGUAAGAGUAAGAACCUGGGGAAAGAAAUAAAA